GUAAGGAGUGCUUGCCUGCGCUGUGGCUGUUUGCUAACACUCUGUCGCACUUAACGAGAGGAGCUCCUGCCAUUAACGAAAAUGGAAAGUAAACUGUGCCAAGUGUUCUUCAUAUUCACAAGCAUAUUUGGGCUUUGUAUGUGUCUGGUCCGCGUGGAGGUGAACAUUCUCCAAUAUGACAACCCCCUGGGGACCUCAUACACGGGCAGAAACGAAACUGCUCACCGGAAAUGUUGUGACACCGGCGGAAGUAGUUGUUUCUCUGGCAACGACACCUGUGACGUUUACUUUACGUUCUGCAUUGGCCGAACUAGCAUGGAUCCCGCACACCCAGGAUGCAAAGGCCUCUCCAUGGAAACCAGUAAGAACGUCUCCUAUGACGUGUUCAGAAUCACACACACCCGUUCAUUGAAGACGGUUGGCACCAUGGACUCGUGGACUCUGGGAAACACGAGUUUAAUGAUUGAUAUCCUUGACGUUGACGAGCUGGGGAAGGGAGGACAGACAGAUAACCCUGCGAUUGACCUCAUCGACACCUUGGCCCGCAUUCUGACCUUUAGCCCUGACCCUAGCUACUGGAAGGCACGCCCACAUAGGAUGACGUUCACUCACCAUGUCAGUGUCGACUUGGAGCUGCGAGUCUGGUGUGAGGAAGACUGGUACGGCAGGUCAUGUGACCAGAGAUGUAACGUCACUGACGACUUUCACGUGUGUGACGUCAAUGGAACUAAAACUGCUCUUCAAGAAUGCACAGAUGGAGACGUACUGGUAUUGACGCUGAAGGAGCCCAUGUGGCAGACUGAGAAUCGGCAUUCGUUGACAGAUCACGUGACCCGCUACGUCGCUGAAACCUCGUGUCCACCCAAUACACAGCACGUUAACGUCACAAUACUGGACAUGAGAUCAAACGGGAUGAACGCGGACGUGCUGUUCCAUGCGUACUGUGCCGAUAAGCCGGUGUCGUCCCUCAAAUUCCGCCAGGGAGUUUACACACUAAACCUUGUCGACACCCGCAUAUCUCCGCCUAAAACCCGCUUUGGAGUGGACGUCGAUUCUCCAAGCUUUACAACUAGGAAACAAACGGGCAAUCCAAGUAUCAUUGCAAUGGUAAGGGUUGUGAAGUUUACCACUGGAAACACCUCGGACUUCGUCAGUCUAGCCUUCAAAUUACAACAGGGUGUGGAUUCCACAAGUUGGUUGCUUUUGUUACGGAGUGUAACUGACGUCACGGACUGUAACGGGCGCCUAGCUGACGUCAGCAGAGACACGAACGUCAACACCUCGGAACCGUCUACAGCUUUAUUCCUUCUCACCAGACAUUUUACAAGUAUUACUGUGGAAAUUAAAGAACUAUCUCAAACAGUUGCGGUCCAUUCUUUCAACACCAGUUCCCUUGUGAUAGGUAAAAACUUCCUGGAUGCUUUUCCCCACAUGCUCCCAGAAUCAACCGUUGGGGGAACCAGUUUGACCAUCGAAGUGUUGUCAUGGUGCGCAAACUGUCACCAUGGAAACCAAUGCGAGUCGAAUUCAGUAUCUUGUGACCCGGGUGUCACGUUGGUAAACCCGUCUUGCUCAGCCCAGGUAAAAUGUGAAAACGGAGGUUCAUGUGUUGGGAACGAAGCUUGCGCGUGCGCACACGGUUGGUUCGGUCCAACGUGCAGCGUUGAUGUUGACCAGUGCUCCCUGGGCGCAUGUCAGCACGCGGACACUUGCGACAAUCAGCCAGGUUCCUUUAAUUGCACGUGCUCCCCAGGGUUUAUCGGGGAGUUUUGUGACGUGGAUAUUGACGAGUGCACGAGUUACCCGUGUCGCGAUGGUUCUGUUUGUUUGAACACGCUUGGCAGCUACGCGUGCGUGUGCGUCAACGGAACGAUCGGUCAGAACUGUGGAGGACUACUUGACUUUUGCCUUAGUGACCCGUGCAGUAACGGAGGCACAUGCAGCAGCAGUGCUUACAACUUCACGUGCACGUGUACGGCGGGUUGGACCGGCAGCACGUGUCAGGGCGACAUCGAUGAAUGUCAGAGCACUAACAUUUGUCAAAACGGUGGCACGUGUCUCAACACUGACGGCAGUUACACGUGUCAGUGUCUCAUUGGAUACACCGGAGGCUAUUGUGAAAGUGACGUCAAUGAGUGCUUAAACAACACGUUCUGUUUCAACAAUGGAUCUUGUAAUAACACUAAUGGUGGAUUUUCAUGUGACUGUUUGCCCGGCUUUAACGGAACACGGUGUGAGAUGGAGGUCCACGCGUGUGUGUCUAAUCCCUGCAUGCACGGACAAUGCACGGAGCACGGGGACGUUUACUCGUGCUCGUGUAAUGUGGGUUGGGAGGGGAACAACUGUGACCAGGAUAUGGACGAGUGCCAGGAGUCAGCACGACCAUGUUUACACGGUGGUCAAUGUAUUAACACCAUUGGAAGUUACAAGUGCACGUGCACGGCGGGAUGGACCGGAAAUCACUGUGAGUCGGAUGUGGACGAGUGUACACGCGCAGGUGUAUGCGGAAAUGGAAAGUGCAUAAACAACAACGGCAGCUUUAGUUGUAAUUGUGGCAUGGGAUGGACGGGCGACGCCUGUGACCAUGACGUAGACGAAUGUACCACCAUGUCUCCGUGCUAUAACAACGCCACGUGUCACAAUACGAACGGAAGUUACACGUGUACGUGUUCCAACGCAUGGACCGGGCUGGACUGCUCCAAUGACGUCGACGACUGCCUCAGUUCCCCGUGCGUUCACGGACUGUGCAAUAAUCUCGUCGGCGGAUUCAACUGUUCUUGUUCUCGGGGAUGGACGGGAAUUACUUGCGACACGGAUAUUAACGAAUGUCGAAACGGAAGCGUGUGCGAAAACGCAGGCACGUGUAACAACACACUUGGCUCGUUCAACUGCACUUGUCCUAGUGAAUAUACUGGAGAUACCUGUUCCGUCGACAUCAAUGAAUGCCUUACUGGAACACCGUGUAAUGGGCAUGGUGCAUGCAUCAAUGAGCAUGGAGGAUUUAGCUGCAACUGCUCGAGCGCUUGGAAAGGGCCAAAUUGUGCGGUGGACGCUGAUGAAUGUAUAGAUUACGGCGGGAGCCAAUCCCUCUGCAGCAGUCAUGGAGCGUGUGUGAAUACACAUGGUGGUUAUGAGUGCCAGUGUGUGUCCGGUUAUAGAGGAUCUAAUUGCUCAAACGAUGUUGAUGAAUGUCAUGACUCCGCUGUUUACCCGUGCUAUAAUAACGGAAAAUGUAUAAAUACAAUGGGCAGUUUUCAUUGCAAUUGUAAUGAGAGAUGGACAGGGGACGAUUGUUCUACCGAUGUGAAUGAAUGCACCGCAUCGCCGCCGUGUUUGAAUGGAGGCAACUGUACCAACUCAGAGGGAGGAUUUGAUUGCGCAUGCGCCACAGGAUGGGAGGGACAGACCUGUAUUCGUGACAUCGAUGAGUGUGAUAACACUCCGUUCCAAUGCAAAAAUGGUGCAACCUGUGUGAAUUCGGAGGGCAGUUUUUCUUGUGAGUGUGCGAAUGGCUGGAGUGGUCCGUUAUGUUCAGAAAACAUUGAUGACUGUGAAAAUGUGACAUGCGCAAACGGCGGUCAGUGUGAAGACAGAGUAAACGCCUUUAUGUGCUUUUGCGCACCUGGCUUCGAAGGAAGAUACUGUAAGGUGAACAUGGACGAGUGUGCCUCCAAUCCAUGCCUGCACGGCGGAUUGUGUUCUGACCACAUCAACUACUACCAAUGCGCUUGCCCAGGCGGCUGGGAAGGCACACAGUGUGAGAAGGACGUGGACGAGUGCCGCCUCCAUCGGUGUGGCAGCCACCAGGCCUGCACCAACAACCAAGGCAGCUACACGUGCACAGGGGUCUUGUUUACAACCACCACAACAGCACCCAGCAUUGUCGACGUAUUUUCCCUGGAAUUUGUCGGCCCUGUUACCGAGGAGCAGUUUUCGUCGGUACAGUCGGGUAUCGAGGGCGUUCUACGUACGAUCACGUGUCGAGAUUCCACCAGCGUGCACGUCUCCAUCGUGAAAAACUCGGUUCAAACGCCCAGUGUGAUACAGUUCCAUGCACGGUGUGACGGGCAUCACCUUAGCAACGCAGAGGUGAAUGACGCCAUCCACUCCCUCUCCCAGCAGAAACUCAACACAUUCUUCCCAAACAUGCAAGUGGCUGCCGCCGAACAGACGUCAGACAAUAAGAGCUGGUUCCAGUCUCACUUGAUUAUAGUGGCCGGAGCGGGUGGUGGUGGUGUCGUGUUGCUGGUGGUCAUCGUAGCUGUUUGUGUUUGCAAGAGGAAAAAGCAAGGGUCUCCCGGCGAAGAUAAGGACUAUUCCUCUGAGUUGGUGGAGAGGGACCGGGAUUUCGAGGGUCGUUCGAGCAUCAAGAUCAACAAUCCCCUCUACAACACGCUAUAUCCCCUACAGACAGAGAGCUAA